CCAUCCAUCACUCCGUGAUACAAUUUUGCACAAUGUGUCAAAUUCCCAUAAAUCAACCACAGUUCUGAGUAAGAUGAUAAAACAGGAGAAGCCGGCACCAACACAGACAGGAUGAGUCUGGUUUGUUUGUACUUCAACUCAGGAGUCACACCAGGUCGCAGGAUUCCAGCUCUGCUCUCUGAUGGUUGUGAUCCACGAGAAGAUGAGUUCUCAUUAAGCAUGAGCUGGAUCAGUACUGCCAGUGCUCAACCAACGAAGCAGCAUUGGAAUCACCAUGCUGGUGGAAUGGUGGCAGGAGAACUGAAAAGAGUGCCGGACGGCAGGGGGAGAGUGCAACGGUUCUUCCGGACUCCUCCUCUGGAGCAAAGACCACAGAAGAAGUCCCGCAAGAAGCUCCAAGUUGUCAUCUGUGUACUGCUUGUGGAGCUGUGUGAGAGGUUUACAUUCUUUGGGAUUGUUUGUAACAUGAUUCUGUUCUGCACUGUGAAGCUGGGCUACGACAACUACCUGGCUGCGACUGUCAACCUGUGCUUCGUAGGAGUCAGCACCCUGACCCCUGUUCUGGUUGGGUGGUUUGCAGAGACCUACUUAGGAAGGACUAAGGUCCUGUAUUUGUGCGCUUUUCUCCAUUUCUUUGGCACAGCCAUGCUGCCAGUGGUUGCGUUUCCAUUUGAAGAUUUCUACAUUGACACUCAUCACAUGACCCACAAGCUGGACCCCAUGGAGCAGCAGGUCUUGUUUUACAUGGGCCUCCUGGCCGCCGCGCUGGGCAUCGGUGGCAUCAGGGCCAUCCUCUGUCCAAUGGGAGCCUACAGCCUGCAGAGCUACAACCAGCACCAGCUCCUGUCGUUCUUCAACUGGUUCUACUGGUUAGUGAAUCUGAAUUCCACUGUCGUCUUUCUGGGCAUCGCUUACAUCCAGCAGUCUGUGGCCCAAAAUCUGGUCUUCCUCAUCCCUUUCACCUCUGUGCUGUUGGCUCUCAUCGCCAUCCACAUGAUGCGCAAUAAACUCACCUACAAACCCAAGAGAGGUGGAUCCUUACUGACCACACUGGGAGUUUUCCUGAACUCCUUCAAAAUGUGCUGCCUCCGGCAUCGUCACCUGAGCGGAGAUGUGGUGUCCUGGCUGGACCGGGCCAAAGAGAACAACGGUGGGCGGUACAGUGAGACCCACGUGGAAAAUGUCAAAGUCUUGGCAAAGCUCUUUCCUCUCUAUGGGCUUCAGCUGCUAUAUAGAGUCUGCGUCACACAGAUUCCCUCAGGUUAUUACAUACAGACCAUGAACUCCAACCUCCACCUGAAUGGCCUUCUGCUGCCCAUUGGAGCUAUGAAUGUCAUCAGCAUCUCACCUCUGCUACUCUUGGCCCCACUGAUGGAGUUUGUGACAACUUACUUCCUCUCUAUGGAGAAAACUCCACUGGCACCUGCAAGAGUCAUAACUUUGGGCCAUGCAUGUGCUGCUGUCUCUGUCCUGGUCGCAGGUUUGGUGGAGCUACACAGGAAGGCCUACCCUGUGGUGGAGCAGACCCUGUCCGGGAAGGUUCUGCAUGUAUCAUCCAUGCCGUGUUUCCACCUGGCUCCUCAGUACAUCCUGCUUGGUGUAGCUGAGGCCCUCGUCACUCCUGCCUGUUCCCUCAUAUCUUUCCAGCUGAUCCCAAGCCACAUCAGGGGGAUCUCCCUGCACUUCCUCACUCUAUCCUAUGGAGGGGGCUGCUUGCUUGGUGCAUUCAUCAUUCAGCUGGUGUACUUUUGCUCUGGAGGUAACUUCUACCCAAACUCUCUGCAUGAUGGGAAUCUUGAGAUAUUCUUCUUCCUUCUGGCCUCAUUGAUGGCAAUAAAUACUCUCCUGUUCUGGAGACUAUCAUACAGGUACAUGGACCUGAGUGUUCAGGGUAAACCACUGAGCAGCAGCUCCUUGUCUGAGAAGCUGCUGCAUUAUAAGGCUACACUGCGCUUCUACGACACCGUAGAACAUCUUUCUACUGACUCUGUUCUAUAACUGCCUUUACUUAAAUCCUGUUAGUGGUGCUGGCGCUGCAUAUUUAUGUGUCAAUAAUGUAUAAAAGGAUGUUUUGUAAAGUACAAUCUGUAGGCACAAGUCCUGAAGCCUCAAUAUUUUUUAUGGACUUUGCAGAAAUUUUAGCAUAUUUCUUAAAUGGAUGUUAUAAAAGACAGUUUGAGUUGAAUUUGACAAAGUCAAAAGGUAAUGUAU